AUGUCUUUCAAAAUACACCCUUUCCCAACGAAUCGCAACGUUAAGGAGCAAGUUGAGCUCUGCAUGCCACGCAGCCUUAGUUAUAUUAACAAUCUGUACCAGAACACACAACUGGUAGAAGGCUUUGGUGAGCGAAGAACCCACAAUACAUUUGCAAAAGAUCAGCAGGGAUCGAAACAUCUUCCCAGAACCCAAAGCACAGCAAAUACCAGCUGUGACCCUCAACUAAGGCCCAUCAUGCGCAGGAGAACCAAGUCUCUGCCCAGCUCUCCUGAAAGGAAGAUUGCCACCAAGUGCCAUCCAAGAUGUCACAGAGUGAGGUUUGCGGAUUCCCUUGGCCUAGAGCUGGCAGAGGUCAAAGUUUUUAAUGCUGCGGAUUACCCAUCCAUCCCUCUGCAUGUUCUCUCCAGGCUUUCGAUUAACUCCGACCUAUGCUGUAGCCAGGACUUGGUGUUUGCCAUACAGUUCCUGCAGCCAGACUUCCAAUCUCCAGCCGAAAGUGAAGGCUUCACCGAGCGCCUGCAGAGAAACAGCGUCUGCCUGGAACAUGUUGUGAGCUCAGAGGAACUGGGCAUCUCUGGGACAAUCAGAGUUGUGAACCUGGCAUUUGAAAAAUACGUCUCAGUCAGGUAUUCAUUUACAGACUGGAAAACCUAUUAUGAAGUCAGCGCAACUUGGAAGAAGUCCAAAGAUGCGAGCUCGGAUGUAUUUUCAUUUGGAAUACCACUUCCCCCUUACCUCCAGCACAUAUGUUCAGCGGUACAAAUAGCGAUCAGGUACCAGGCUGCAGGUAAAGAAUACUGGGACAACAACGAGGGCAAAAACUACAGCUUUACAUACAAGAGUCAUGUGUUAAAAAUGCCCAGAGACAUGGAGCAGAGCUGGAUUCAUUUCAUCUAA